AUGGAACAGUUUCUGUCAGAGAAUGAUGAGGACGCACUUGUUGUGCAGCAAUUUGGGGAUGCCCUCAUCGACACGAUCCAAUCUGACGGAGAAAUGAACGCCUUCAUGAACUCCUACGUUGAAGCUCGCCGCAAGUUGACAGAGAAAGCAAAAUUCAGAGGCUUCUGGCCAAUUCGUUCCAAAGGUGGUGGCAAGAAAGGUAAAUCGAAGGGAUUCAAUGCCCGAGGCAGAAAGCCUCUCGCUGUCAGAAUUGCUGAGUCAGAAUGUCGGAUCUGUGGGCAAAAGGGGCACUGGAAAGCCGAGUGCCCCCGAAGAACCCAGAAUGCCGUGACCGGCAACUCCUCAGGAUCCCGUACACAGCCUGCGAAUAUGAUGAUUUCUGCCACUGAUGUAGACGAUGAGGAAGUCGAUGUUUUCCUGGUCGAAAGCUUUGUCCAUGAUGCAUCCGAUGUCUUGCAGUCUGUCCAGGACCCGAAAAAUGAAGAUGGUACCAGUGAGACAAACCCCUCGCCUGAAAGUUGGAGCAAUGACUCCGUGCAUGCAUCCGCCAAUGGAUCCCAAGUUUCAAGUGUUCAGCCUGCUGCUCCGACUAGUGCUCAUUUGCAGGAAGCCUCCAUGAAUGUGCCAGAGAUUCCAGCCAAUGAACAAUCCGUGUUGUUUGCAACUCACCAAACCACUGGAAUUUUAGAUCUUGGAGCAUCCCAGACCGUAAUGGGUCGGGAUCAGGUUGACGAAUUUCUAGGACUGCUGCCUGAAUCAGCUCGCUGUCGUGUCUUCGAACAGCCUGUGGACAUGUCGUUUCGUUUCGGCAACAACAGCGUUGUCCCAUGUCGAGUGGCGUUGAUGGUGCCUGUGGAUCGUUUUUGGAUCAAGAUUGCAGUUGUUGACACCAAAACACCUUUUUUGAUUUCAAACAAUGUUUGCAGAUCACUUGGAGCGGUCAUUGACACCACCAAUCAAACCAUAUGUUUCCGUGAGUUGGACUGCACCAUGCCAUUGACCCUUUCUGGCAAGAAAUUGUUUCUGCUGGAUUUCUCCGAGCUAGUAUCGUUGCGACCUCCCAGACCUGCUGAGUCCGACAAAACACCAAUGCUGAAAGCCGAGAAUGUCUGCUCAUGUCAGCCAGAAGAGUCCCAGUUUCCAUCCAGAGUGUCGCACCAAGAUGCACUGAAGAUCAACACUGAAAAUCUUGAGGCCCGGGUUCCAGUGGCAAAACGCCGCCCUGCUGCAGCCAUCAAGCGAGGUGGGAAGGGCAAGUGCAAGCGAGCAACUGCCAGAUCUGUCCGCAAACCAUCUUUGAAGAAAGACAAGUUUGUGGAAGUUGUUUUUCUUCCAGCGCGCCCUGACAAGCCUUUGCCGGCCUGUGGGUGGGCCCGCAGCAAACCUGAUGGCAAGAUUUGGUUUGCCCCUUACAACGCGAAUUUUGCCAAGACCCAGCCUUUGAACUUGAAGGUAGUGCAACGCACCAAGCAGACCGAGAAGAAGGACGGCACCAAGGUCUUUAGUGGCACCAAGAUUUUCAAAGCUUGGUCAUGCAUGAGGUGUUUCUCCAGCACAACCUCGGCUACAAAGAGUUUGGUAUCAACGCGUGGGGUGAGUGAUUUGAGCAACCAGGUCAAGUGCAGUACUGCCUACCGCCAUGACUGCCAGAAAUUUGGAGUCAACCCCAAACUUGGCCGCCACUUAGACCCAACGGUGGCAGAGUGGUUUGGAGGUCUUCCGGCCAACUGGACGGAUCCUACUCCAGGGGCAGUGAGCCAUCGUGUGUUUGAUGCCAUGUUUCCCGGAGCCAGAACCACCAAGGAUGGGAAACUGCCCGGCAUUUCUUUGUUCACUGGCAUAGCUGGCCUGGAGAUUGGAUUACACCCGUGGGUUUAUGCAACGAAGUACGUUGAGUGCAAUCCCAGUUGCAUUGCUGUGUUGAAGGCACGCCAAGCGGAUGGCCUCCUUCAUCAGGGGGAGGUCGUUGAAGAUGUCCGAGGCUUCUCUGCCAAGGGCUCGGGGGCUUGUGGUUUGACCGCAGGCUUUCCGUGCCAAGGAGUGUCUGCUGCCGGAUCGCAGGAGGGUUUGGCUGAUAGCAGAAGUGGGUUGAUCGAGAUGGUUUUCAAAGUUUGGGAUUCGAUGGUGCUUUAUGAUACUGGAAAACGUGAUGGCUUUGCUUUCGUGCAACGAGAACACCAGGGCGCUGAUGGCAUACGUGGUCGAGGAGUGCCGCAAACGCGGCCUCAGUUGCCAAUGGGCUUCGCUGAAGUUGUCCAACUGUGGCUUACCCGCAGGAAGAGGACGAGUCUUUCUGCUGUGCGCCAACCGCAAGAGCAAGUUGUGGGAGGACUACCAAUGCUUGGCUGCUGCUGACCACUGCGUGGCCGAGUGGAACUCUUUGAACGCAAAGCCCAUGCACACUUGGCUGAAUCCUAGCCAGAAAUCUGGGCAUUCUGGCCGCCUCAAGAUGCUUGGCAAUUCCGUUGUUCCAGCCCAAGCAAAGCUGGCUUUUGAAACUUUGUUGGGCCUCCACCGUCGCGCACGUGAAAGUGCCUUUGACGAUGAGGCUUGAAGUGAUGCCCCUCAGUCUUUUCCAAGAUGAAUGCUGUUGCGUUCAAGUCGGGACUUGCCAUUUUCAAAUGUGGGCCAGCAUGGCCAUGUCGUGUGAACUUUUUUGGAGGAGACAGCGUGGCCGUACUUAAUUUGUUUCUGCUUCCUUCCUUCUCGGACAAGAGAAGUAGUGUUCAAUUAAAAUUCAAACUGUUUCAGAUGAUACCUGUCGCGAUGCAAAA